AAAAUAGUAUCGUGAAGGUGAAGGCUACUACUAAAAUAAAGAAAAAUUAACUUUUUUACAGGACAAAAAGGAGUGAUUUUUGCUAAACCCAUCUCUCUCUCUCUCUCUGCAAGUUCAUUGCCUCCAAAUCUAAACCUUUAUCAGAGACACAGGACAGAACACAAAGGAGAGGCAGAUAGAGAGGGAGAGAGAAGCCAUGGAAAGGCUUCUGUUCUCUUCCUCCCCAACCCCUUUGAAACUCCAUGUAAAACCCUCACCUUUUCUCCCUCCACUCGCUCGUAUUGCCUCGGCCAAACUCAACUUUCCCGCUUCCCAACUGCCCAAUCUCAGACGGGUCAGCUUGGUUUCCUGCAAACAUCAAAACCCAUCUCCAAUUUUUUCUUCUUCUCCUUCUUCAUCAGCGCCGUCCAACAUUUUACCGGCUCUCUCGCCGAACCGGCCGGAGUUGCCAAAUCCGCAGAUUAUCAAGAAGAUUGCAAAUGGGGCUUCUACCCAACGCAAGGGCCUGAUCACCAGGGCAUUUGUUGUGCUUUCUGCCCUUGUUUUGAUCUUAAUACAACCAGCUUGUGCACCAGCGGCUUAUGCAUCCUUUCAAACUGCAACAAAGACAGGUAGCCCAGCUGCUGCUAUCGUGGGAAGACUGAUCCAGACUGAAUUACUUAGUAGUGCAUGGACUGGGUUCUUAGCCGGUUGCUUACACACAUUAUCAGGUCCUGACCACUUAGCUGCUUUGGCUCCACUCUCAAUUGGACGCACCCGCAUUGAAAGUGCUUUAGUUGGAGCCCUCUGGGGAUGUGGCCAUGACGCUGGCCAGGUUACCUUUGGCUUAAUAUUUCUACUACUAAAGGAUCGGCUUCACAUUGAAAUUAUCCGAACAUGGGGCACAAGAGUUGUGGGCAUUACUCUACUAGUUAUUGGUGCCAUGGGCAUUAAGGAAGCUUCAGAAGUGUCAAGUCCUUGUGUUGCCUUAGAGAAUGGAGAGUGUGAUGCUAGUGUAUAUGAAUCUCUAGAAAACCCUACCGUUGGGAAGAAGAAGAUUGGUUUUGCUACUUUUGCCACUGGAAUUGUCCAUGGGCUGCAGCCAGAUGCAUUGAUGAUGGUCUUGCCCGCUCUUGCUUUGCCAUCUCGCGUUGCUGGUGCCGCAUUUCUGGUUAUGUUUUUAGUUGGGACCGUAGUUGCAAUGGGAAGCUAUACAGUCUUUCUUGGCUCAUGUAGUCAGGCACUAAAGGAUAGAGUUCCCAGAAUAACAGAGAAACUGACAUGGGCUUCUUCCCUGGUUGCAAUUGCUCUUGGAUCUGCCAUAAUCAUCAGCCAGUUAUUCGGGUAUAGCCUGUAUUAGUAUUUUUGAGCGAGUAAAGAUUGACAUUUCCAGGCUUCUCCACGAGUGUUAGAUAAAAGAUCUUAGAAGGAUUAUUCGAUUUGUUUAGAGCAAAAGUUCAUCUGCUCAGCACCUUUUCUCAGUGAGAGUACCAUCUUCUUUUUUCUUCACUUUUUUAAUUGAAGCUUUUUACAGUUUUAAUAGAGGGCAACCCUUCCACAAAUGUAAUAUUUUUACGGUAGAAAUCAAGAUUGGUUUAACGAUUUGCUUUA